CAAAGUCUAAUAGCAUCGUCGACGUGUACCCCUAUCACACAAUCUCUCUCCGAUCGACGCCAAAAGCAAUUUACAUCGGAGAAGAUGCAGCAGAGGAAAGCGACGGCGGCGGGUAGGCCAAGUGGCACCGAUGGAUCUGAUUUCUCAUACCGAAUGGUCGUUGACUCUCGUUACACGAAGGUCACUAAAGGGAGAUCGCGUCUGCGUCUUUUGAUCCUUGUUCAGGCUACGAUUUAUCUAAUUGGACUGUCGUGUGCAUUCAUGACAACUACUAAAAAUGAUGAGAGGAACACACUUGGAAUUGCAUCUGCUGCUAUUGGCUUACUCUUUUCAUUCAUUGGAGAUUUUGGUUGCAGACGCAGCAGAGUAAACCUUUUGAGGCUCUACACGGCUGCCUCCACCGUUGUCAUGGUUCUUUCUGUGUUUUCUGCUGUUAGGAGCAGGUUAACAAUGGAGGAACGGAAUAGCUCUGGAACAACAGCGAAGCUUGAGCUUUUAGGGUUCAUUUCUGCUCAAUUAGGAGCGGUGGUGCAGAUAUUUGCUAUCAUUGUUUCGGGUUCCCUGGUCAAUAAUAUGUCUCCACCUACUAAGACAGAAUAGAGAUGACAAGAGAGUUUGGGUAUUGUCAUCUGCGAUUUCCGUACAUGAGGGAGACAUUUAGAAUUUUGAAGUUUUUGCUCCACCAAAUGAAUAGUUAUAUAACGUUGUUUACUUCAAUAAUUUUGUUGAAUAUUCGAAAGACAUUUUUGAUAGAUUGACGCACCAUACGAAUGCUACGACGGGAGGCGGACCUGAGAUAUGUAUAAGAUAAGAAAAAACUAAAAUGAUUUUGAUCAAAAAAAGAGGAAAACACUAAAAUGACCACUUUUUGUGGAAGAGGGAAAAAUGAUAUACUGCUUAUAUAAAGUCUACUUUUGAAGAAAGUGUAUCAGUAAAUCAAAG